UAUUUCAUCUAUUUAAAAUAUUUAAUGUAUGUGAGGUAAAAUAUAUAAAAAUUUUAAGAUAUUUGAAUAGAUUUUACUUUGAAAAAAGAUUUCUUCAAAAUAUGUAGUGUAAAAGACCUGGACUGUCCCUUUAAUAAUAAAUUUGUCAGGAAGGAAGUAAAAGUAAAACUAAUUUUAUACAAAAAAUUCUUGUUUCUGUAAAUAUAUUCCCCACAGCAUCUAAACUUGCAUAGGAUCAGAAUCGAAAAGUAGUAACAUUUCAAUAACUAUUUUUUUUAUCAAUUUUCUAAAUUUACUGAUUUUUGAUUAUUCGGUAUAAAUAUUUUUUGACAAUGCCUUUAAAAAAAUGUAUUCACGUCUUUUACCCGGUUUUCAAAGUUUGGUGUUUUCCCUGUCGGUGUUUUUAUUGCGAACACAUCUCCCAUUCCUUACGCGUAAUCAUUUGCGUAAACAUGAAAUUAAGAAAAAAAGCAGGUAUGAAAAUUGACAAUGUUCAAAUGAGAAUCACAACGAUAUUCGAUAACGAUAGCAAAUAACCAAAGAAGUAGAAGAAGAUGACAAUAUACGACUGUUUGGAAAGUCAUCUUGACCAUCAGGGAGUUUGGAGGCCGAACAAAGCCCGCAUGUAACUGCCCUCUCAAACAUUAGCUUCGAAGAAGAGCAGCUCCCCAUUGGUCGCUCCUCAUAUGUAGGGGGCGUUUCUACGCGAGAUUGUUAAAUUAUAUAAACGUGUGUGAGUGUGGAGUGAUUAACUCAGUCUUUGGAUCAUCAGACAAGUACUCAUCGUGAGAUUCGUAUGGGGAUCAGUCUCCAUCGGUCGCGCUGCAAGGUCCAGUACAACUAGUUUACUUCGUUAACUCAGCUUAAAACUAAUCAAAAUUAAUCAUAACUGCUAACAAUUGAUCACAAUUGGUUCAGAUUCCAUUACACGUGGUCCGCACGGGUAAUCAUCCAAGUUUUUGCAUAAUUGUUUAAGUGACACGCGCAACCAUCGAAAAGCGGCGGCAACUUUUUUUUCAAAUUAAGAUUGAGGACACAAGUCGCGAAUUAAGCGAAUUAAUCUUUUAAUUUAGCCAUCAAGUCAGUGGUUAAGUCAAGUCAGUCUAUUAACAAAUCAUCAACAACACUGUGAUUGAGGAAUUAAACAAGUGCUUUGCUAUUUUUCAAGCCUUUGGGAAUUAUAGUUCUUUUUUGGAGAAAUGGACGGUGGUCCUUUCGAUGAUCAGAUAUUUUCGGAAUUCGGAAAUCGAACUGGUAGCGGUGUUCACAGUAUUCAAGUAAUGUUAGGUUUGCAUAAUUCUCAUCAUGGAAGUGACAUAAUGCCGAAUAGUGGACAUCUUCAUAAAUUAGAUACUUCUAAUAGUCCGCCUCCGCAUCAUCAAACUUCGCAUCAACAUCUUCAGCAGCAGAAAGAGCUGAAGGAGCUCGAAUUAGUUGGAAUGUACGCUCCACUUCCUCAAACGCAAGACAUUACGACUUCUACUUCGACGACUGGCACCUCCACAUCCACCACUCUUCAGCAGAGUUUACAACUUGGAAAUUCCUUGAAGAGGAAACCCGAGGAUCCCUUGGUUAAUCUCUCGUCGGUUAAUAAUGAGGUGCAACCUGUCAAAAAGGAUUCUAAAAAGAAGACUGAUAACAAUGGAAUUAAAAAGAAGAAAACAAGAACAACGUUUACGGCCUAUCAAUUAGAAGAAUUGGAAAGAGCAUUUGAAAGAGCUCCCUAUCCAGAUGUAUUUGCACGAGAGGAACUCGCCUUGAAAUUGGCACUUUCGGAAUCACGAGUUCAAGUUUGGUUCCAAAAUCGACGGGCCAAAUGGAGGAAGCGAGAACCACCUAGGAAAACAGGCUAUAUGGCAACAGGAUCAGGCAGCCCUGGUUUGACAGGUUCAUUCACUUCAAUAAACAACAGUAUAAAUCCUUUCGGAACAUCAACAACAACUGCAGGACCACCAGACGCUUGGUCCUACACGCCAACGGCUUACGAUCUUGCGCCACAUCUAAAUCUCUUGAGUUCAACAGGUUCUCCUUACUCAACGUCCUUCGGAGGGCCCAGCAACAAUGGCUCUGCCUACUCCUACGCAACCAUGCUGCCCCAACACGAUCCAUCCCUCUUCUCCACGCCAUCAGCCAACACCAUGAGAGUCCAUCAGGACUACAUGAAUGCCAACAACAGUCCACCGCCCUCACUAACCCGCGACUAUCAAACCAUGGUCACACACUCCUCACCCCAACAUCUCGCCAGUUCCAUUUCAGAAGACGAGCAUCAAAACAAGCAGCUCGACUACGUGAGCGGCCUCAGUCCCACUGAAAAGUAUCAACACGAACAGGCAGAGUACUCCCAUCAGCACGAUCAGAAGCAGGACUAUGGAAUGCAUUCCCCUUCAAGUCGACAGGGCCUAAAGGACCAAGUCCUCAUUAAAACCGAGCCCGGCGGCCAACAGAGUUACGUUCAAUUACCCCCUUUUUUAAACUAACCAAAACUCUCAAAACCAGAUCUAGAUGUUUCAUCACAAGAUGAUAUAAUCUGUUUUCCAAAAUUUUACAAACUAUUCCAUACCAUUUCAGGGUUGUCACAAAAAAAUUCAUUUUGUUUUUCCCUGACUUUUCCCUGAUUUCCAAACUUUUUCCUGACUGAUUUUGACUUUUUCC